GGCGUGUCGUCAAGAUCACCGCUCGGCGCGUGGUUUGCUGUUAAGGCGGCUGGCUCCGUUAACAAACAACAACCAAAUCUUUUGCGCUUGCAAACGUUUAUUAAUCAUCUCUUUAAAUUACGUUCCACUUUGCGAAGAGGCAUGUCUCAGCAGGGAGCCGCGUUGCAGAACUACAACAACGAGCUCGUGAAAUGCCUGGAGGAGCUGUGCGCACGGCGCGAUGUGGCGGCACGCGAGGUGGCCGAGGCAGAGCGCGAGAAGACAGAGCUGGAGAGGGAGCUGCGCUCCAUCUCUGAGCGUCUUGCUCGCACAAAUGAAACGCUCGCUGCCCGUACACAUACACGCAACCAGUAUGAGCGCACUAUCGCACAGACCCAAGCUGCGUACACCAAGAUUCUGGAGAGCUCACAAACGCUGCUCACAGUGCUCAAGCAAGAGACGGGUGGCCUGGGCCGCCUGACAGAGCACACGGGCAGCCCCCGCACAGACUGUUGACAUGACACAACAACAGCCCCAUUUGCCACUAAGUGGCAGUAACAUCACCACCACACUGAUGUGUCAGGCUAAACAUUACACGCAUACACCUAUGCAUACGGGCUAUGGGUUUCUCUAGGAAUGUGUAUGUGCUCUUGAGUGUAUUUUAUUUUUCGGAUUGGCGUUGGGAGUGUGCAUGAGUGUGGAUGAUAGUGAGCAUGUGUGGGAUUAAACGAGUUAGAAUGUGUGUAUCUGAAGACUGUAUAAUUGUGUGCGUGUGCGGUUUAAUAAGUGUGAAUUUGUGAAUUGUUGUGUUCAUUACUUUGCUGUGUUACAUGACCUGCAUUGCGGGUUCAAUUCCUGGCACAACGCAGGAGUUAUCUCAAAUCUGAUCACUAGGGUUGCCUUGGUAUUGCAAUACUACGAUAUGCGUAUGCUACAAUAUCCACAAUCUUAUCGUCCGUUUUGCAAAAUAUAUUUCGUGUUUAUCUUUCCUCAUUUUUCUAAAUAUUGUAUUUCCUCACAAUUAUAUAACAAUCCCAAUGAUUAAAGUUGUAAAAAAAACCUAGAAAAUAUUUUCAUUGAUAAAUAUCCAGAGUAAUAGAUGGCAUGGCGAUUAUAUGAUGUAAUUUCCAUACUUUAUUUAAUUAAUUUCAUUGUUUUUCGUGUGACAAUAUUUGUUAUAAUUAUAGUAGCUCGUAAUGAUUAGAACAAUUAUGGCAGGCUUAUGUUGAGUGAACUGCAGUUAAAGUAAUCUUCAUAUUUCUAGAACAGCAAAGUGCAAAAACAAUACAAAUGUGAAAUACAAUUGCAGCACUAAGAUAUGGGAAACUGGUACCGCAAUAUUCGUAAUUUUUUUAUUUCGUAUUUUGACAUGUACCGUGAAAAAUAUGGCAACCCUAUUAAAUAUUCCAAGCGGUCAACACCAACAAGUACAAGAGACAAAAGAGUAGAGGGGGAAUGUGGCGUCUCCACCGUGUAUUUUGGUAUGCCACCCUUAAUAUGUACUUGUUUUUAACAGUAGCUGACGACCUGUCGAGGUUUACAGGAGGAACCCUGCUUAUAGGUGUGUUGUGUGUGAUGCUGUCGGGACUAUUUAGAACAUUUUAAAUCCAACACGUGAUUUUAAUAACUUCUGUAUUUAGCUGUUUGACAUACAUUUUUCAAAGUUAAAAUCCGAUAUGAAUGUACAUUGUAAUAAAGUCUUAUAUUUGUA